AUGCACUCCAUAAUAUACUAUUGUGUUUCAAUUUUAUUAUGUUUAAACGGGAAAUUCAUUGCUGCCGACUAUAAUGGGCAACCAAAAAUCAUUUCUAAAAAUGGCAAUUUAAUAUUUGAAGCAGCCAUUGAUCGAAAUAUUAGUUUACGCCUAAGCCAUGACUCUACACUGCAACUAAAUAAUGUCGAUGUUAUGGAAAAGAUACGACAACUUUACACACCAGUCACAUUAGAUGGUGAGGUAAAACCAUUAGAUGUUCCAACAAUUGAAAAAGCCGGUACAGAACUUCACGCACUUCGUGAUGAUAUUCAACGAUUGGUGCGUAGGUUUUCGAUACUUCAAAAUCGUACACGAAAUACAAUAGGACCCCGUGUGUUACGUCGUCAAUUGGCCCGUUUGCGUAGAUUAAGUGGCCGUCUGGCUGUAUUGGAUGAAAAUUUAAAUAAGGACGAAUGUGCCAUGGCAGUGGAACCCUGCAAGAAUGGCGGUACCUGUUAUGAUUUAUAUAAAGGAUUCCAUUGUGAAUGUCCUGAGGGAUGGACGGGGAAAACAUGCGAGCAAGAUGUUGACGAAUGUUAUCUAUUGGCUGGAACAGAUUUGGGAUGUCAAAAUAAUGCCGUAUGUCAGAAUACGCCCGGUAGCUACAAAUGUAUUUGUGCGAAAGGUUUUUCGGGGACCCAUUGCCGUUUGCGAAACUCCAUUUGUCAACAACAACAAUCGCACGAAUUGUGUGGCCAUGGUGUUUGUGUUCCAGCAAAUAAUGACAUAGGUUUCACCUGUAUUUGUGAUCAAGGUUGGACCAAAGAUUCCACUCUAAUUGGAACAAAUUCCAGCUCAACGCCCGUGUGUGACAUCGAUGUAAACGAAUGUGAAGAAUCACGAAAUCCAUGUCACAGUGAAUGCAUAAAUUUACCGGGUAGUUUUAAAUGUGGACCUUGUCCGGCAGGAUAUACAGGAAAUGGUGCAACAUGUUUGGAUAUAGAUGAGUGUGCCAUAAAUAACGGAGGUUGUAGUCUUCAGCCUAAAGUUCGAUGCAUUAAUACUGAGGGUUCCUAUCAUUGCGGUAAAUGUCCUGUGGGUUGGAUUGGAGAUGGCCAUACUUGUGAUUUGGCACCCUCAAACUCUUGCGACUCCGAACAUAUUUGUCAUCCCCAGGCAAAAUGUGAAUAUAUUUCCAAUGUUGCCACCUGUACCUGUCCCCAUGGUAUGUUUGGCCAUGGCUUUGGACCGCAGGGUUGUCAUACCACACCCAUUGAAGAUUCCUGCGAGAAACAUUUGUGUCAGAAUAACGGCACCUGUUUGACCACGGGACGUGGUACCAGUUGCAUUUGUCCUGAAGGUUAUUCCGGAGCUCUGUGUGAAACUGCAGAUGGCUGUCAUCCAAACCCCUGUCAAAAUAAUGCAGUGUGUAAACCCCAACCCAAUCAAUCGUACAAGUGUUCCUGCAAACGUGGUACCACGGGCAAACACUGUGAAAUUGUACGCAAUGUCUGUUCCACAAUACUGAGACAACCGGCAGGGGAAUUAACCUACCCCACGGAAAAUGCCACCGCAUAUGCACCAAAUGAAAGAUGUGCCUGGAUAAUACGCACGCAGCCGACACAAAUUUUUAAUCUCACAUUUACCUCAUUCGAUUUGGAAGAGGAUCCAGAAUGUGGACGCGAUUGGUUGCAAAUUCACGAUGGCAAUUCAUUGUCGUCUCAGUUACUGGGACGAUUCUGUGGCAAGGACCUGCCUAUGGGUGGUAAUAUAUUGUCCUCGCAAAAUGAAUUAUUCUUUUGGUUCCGCAGUGAUAAUGCCACACAAAGAGGCGGCUUUCACAUGGAGUGGCAUACCCAGCCACAUAUCUGUGGAGAUUCAUUGGAUCUCCAGGUGGGAGAUGAGGGAAUUAUUCGUUCUCCUGGUUAUCCGGCUAAAAGUCCAACUUCCAGAAAUUGUCAGUGGGAUUUAACGGCACCAUAUGGUUAUCGGUUUGUUUUGAGGAUUUAUGAGAUCAAUACCGGCAAUCGUCCCAAUUGCAGUGGGGAUUCACUGAAGGUUUAUGAUGGUGAUCUGUUGCUAAAGCAAUAUUGUGACACCUCAUCCACAGAAUUUUUUAAGACUACAUCCAAUAAACUUUCAAUACAUUUCCACACGGAUCUCAUCAAAGCGGACAGCUCUUUUCAGCUGCACUACGAAGUGGAAUCUUCAAUGCCAAAUUGUGGUGGCAUUUUCACUCACGCCUCGGGGGUCAUUGUGGGACCCAGCGACCCAUCGAUAUGCUCAUAUCUAAUACAACAAACAUCGAAUACCCAAAUUCAAUUGGAGUUCAAUGAAUUAAAUCUUUCCGAGGAGGAAAAUUGUAAUUUGAAUAGUAUUGAGAUUUUUGAUGGCAAAACUAAUGAAGAUCCACGCUUGACAUUUAUAUGCAGUACAAGGAUUCAGGAGAAAAUAAUAUCUUCAUCCAAUUUUGUGCUCAUCAGAUUUAAGAAUACAUUAGACAAGGGUAGUCUUACGACACCCUUUAAAAUCAAAUACUCAAGAGCAUGCGAAUUUAGAUACUUUGGCCCAGAAUCGGGAAUAAUAACCACACCCAACUAUCCGAAUGCCUACACCGAACACAUGACCUGUACAUAUCACAUUUAUGGACCAGCUAUGACAGUGGUACGUGCUAAUUUCACCGAUAUUUCAUUAGCUGGAAAUGGACGCAAUGACACUGAUGGCAACACUGAAACAAGUUUAGAUGGGUCUAUCACAUAUUUUGAGGUAUACCUGUCGAACAGCAAUAAACAGCGUUACUAUAAAGCCUCACCCAUGGAACUGAUUUCCGAAUUGAAUAAAAUGACAAUUGUAUUUCAUUCUGCCAAAAAUUCUGCAAAAGCUCGUGGGUUUCGUCUGGAAUAUUCAUUCGAUGAAAUACGGUGUGGUGGUGUUUACACAAAAGAAUCCGGAGAUUUUUCUGAAUUCGCUGCGGGACGACCGACGGUUUGUAAACUUAUUUUUGAAGCACCGACAGGAAUGAAUAUUUUAUUAUCAUUCGAUGUAUUGAAUUUUGAGAGUUAUUACGGUGGAAAUAGUGCUCUGCUGUAUGCAAAUGUUGGCGGAGAAGAUAUUUUGUUGAAGAAUGUGUCGGGAUCGAAAUCAUUUCGUGAACUUUUACCCCAUAAUCUUGUGACAUUGGUGCUAAACAGAAACACCUAUUUGAGCAGUGGAGUGUAUCGCUUUAUUUCACCGGAAAUUGCGUGUGGAGGCGAAUAUCGAACAUUAUAUGGUGUUAUCAAAUCGCCCAAUUGGCCUAGACCCUAUGCUGAUAAUAUGAAUUGUACAUGGGUAAUAACAGCCCCGCUGGGUUUUAAAAUCGAAUUAAAAGUUCAAAACUUUACUCUGGAAGAUGACUGUGUUGGAGACUUUUUGGAAAUUAGAAAUGGUCCCACUGCAAAUUCACCACUGAUCGGUAGCUUUUGCGGUAAUAAAAUACCCUCCCGGAUACCCUCGUUUGGCAAUAGCCUCUUCGUUAGAUUUCUCUCGGAUGGUUCCACUCAGGGAAAUGGUUUCCAUUUGACUUGGGAACAAGUUGAAACUGGCUGUGGUGGUAAAAUGACUUCGUAUAAGGGUUCGAUACACGCUCCUCUCACUACAUUGGCCUAUCAACAUCAGCAUACCUGCGAUUGGCAAAUACAUGUGGCUCAGGGUUCUUCAAUCACCCUGAAUAUCAUUGGCAGUGAAGACGAUCUAGAAUUCUGUCACAACAAACGUUUAAGCAUUUUUGAUGGCACCCAACCUGCGGAUAACCAAUUACCAUUCAAUUGCUCCGUUCUACAGAAGCAGGGAAAUUUGACUGUACGGUCAUCUUCUAAUCAAUUGUUGAUUAUCUACAAAACCCCGGAGAAUUUUGUAACAAAACCUGAAUUUAUUUUGGAUUAUGAAACCAAUUGUAACAUGGUCCUGGAUCACAUUCAUGGCAUUAUUGAAUCGCCUAAUUUUCCCGAACCCUACCCGGAAUUAUUGAAGUGCAACUGGGACAUUUAUGCUGGUGGUGGCAAGAAUAAAAUCCAAUUGGCAUUUUCUCAUCUCGAUUUGGAAACUGAGGAUAUGUUGUGUGAACGGGACUAUAUAGAAUUGUGGGAUAUGCAGAAUACAAAUGUCUUGAAAAAUCGGCGUAUCUGUACCCCGGUAAUGGAACCCAUAAUAUCAGAGGGCAAUCAUUUGCGACUGAAAUUCAUUAGUGAUUAUUCCAAUAACAAGAAUGGUUUUCGAGCUGAAUAUUCCCGUGUGGGAUGUGGUCAAGUUUUUACAAAGAAAUUCAAUACCAUUAAGUCGCCGAAUUAUCCACACAGUUUGGAUUUGGAUUGUGAAUGGUAUGUGGAGGUGGAGCCAGGUGAACAAAUCGUAUUAAAUAUACAGGAAUAUGUCCUCGAUACGGAGACAACGGAUUGCUCCCUUGAUGGUUUAACGAUUAAAGAGACAAAAACAUCCAAUCACACUCUCCUCGAACAAUGUUCAUCACUUACCGAACGCAUCAUGAAAUUAACUUCACCCUCAAAUCGUUUGUAUUUGCAAUAUCGUUCGGGUUCCUCGGGAAAUCGUAAAUAUUUUAAGGCCAUGUAUCACACAAUAACAGCGAAAUGUGGUGGCCUCUCCACCGCCCCAACUGGAAGAGUAGGGUCUCCGAAAUAUCCGCAAAAUACUACCGAAGAAAAUCACUGUAAAUGGGAAAUAGCCGUACCCAGUAGCACUGCAUUUCAAGUUACAAUUCAGGAUUUGCAAUUUACAGCAUUAUCAUGUACCGCUAAUUACCUUGCCAUCUCCACGAAUCGGAAUAAUAAAGAACAACUGUUGCACAAAUUCUGUUCUUCUUCGCACGAUAUCAAAAUACUGCAAAUUCCUGAAAAUAGUUUUAUUAUUGAGUAUGUCGAUGAGAACCCACAAGGAGGCAGUCGUUUUUCAUUGAUCUAUCAAAAGCAAUGUGGUGGUCCGAUCGAAAGAGACGAAGGAUUUUUGUAUGCCAAAGCUGAUGAGCGAUGUGAUUGGUCGUUUGAUGUUCCGCGGGGUACUUUAAUAAGUAUAAAUAUCUUAAAAUUCUAUUGUUAUUGCAAAGAGGCGAAGGAAAAUGGUUCAGGCAGAACCUGUGAUAAUCAUGGCUUGGCGAUUACUACUCAUUUGGGUGGAGGCAAUGACACCAGUACCGAAUACUUUUGCGAGAAGCAUCAGACAAAUUUGUUAUAUGAAGCCUCCAAUUUACAGUUACAAACGAAAAAUAUCGAUUUUUAUGCUAAAUUUUCAACAAUUCAACACUCGUGCGGUGGCAAUAUUGAAUCACCACUCGGCACCUUGGCAUCACCAUACUAUCCCCAAUACUAUCCCGGCAAUGUUGAAUGUCAAUGGUCGAUAAAGGCCAACAAAGGUAAUGCGCUGGAGUUGCACUUCGAUGAGAUGAACAUCACCAAGAGUGACCAUUGCAAUGAAGAUUUUCUGGAGAUAAGAAAAUCCGAUUUUGGCCAGUUAUUGGGUGUCUAUUGUGGCAGUCAAUUGCCUACGGAUGUGAUUCGUUCAUACGAAGGCGUGUGGUUAAAAUUCCACAGCUCUGAGGGUAGUACGGGUAAAGGUUUCAAACUAAAAUGGAGUUAUGCCCAUCUCAAUGUAUUUGCCAACCAAACUCUGGGUUCAAUUGAAUCGCCCCCCACCACAAUGGUACAUUAUGAAGAGGAGCCAUAUGCCUGGCGUAUCAUUCUCCAAACUGGCCAAUUUAUAACUUUGGAUUUUGAACAUUACAGUGAUGGAUUGAUGCUCUAUGAUGGCUAUGAUGAAACAGCCCUACCCGUUAACAUACCAACCUCACCCUGGCGUUUUGUUUCCUCCACCAGUGUCGUCUAUUUGAAAACGAUCAAUGAUAGACUUCGAUAUUUCUCUUUGAAAUGGAAUACUACCGACACGAAACCACUACCAGCAAAUGGAACAUUAUCCGAUUGUCAUUCGGAAAGAUUUUUGGGUUCGCAUGCAAUGACACAUCUUGCUUCACCCGGUUAUCCCAUCGGCUAUGCCGGCAAUCUGAAUUGUAGUUGGAUUUUUAAAGCACAAAAUCCAAGAGAUCAUGUCGUCUGUUCUUUGUACGAGGUCAACGUGGAGGAGAGUCAUGAAUGUGCCUUGGAUUACGUGAAGGUAUCAACAUCGUCGGAUCUCAGCAAAUGGCAUAAUGUGGACAAGGUAUGUGGUAUCCGUGAUGCAGAUUCUACGCCAUAUCGUGUUUAUCAGGGCAAUCCACACAUAAAAGUGGACUUUAAAACAGAUGCCACAAUUAACGGUACCGGUUUCAUGGCGGUGCUAUCGACCAAAUGUGGUUCCAACCUCACCGGACCCCUGGGAUUUAUUGAGGGCGAUAAAAUUACCUUUGAAAAUGAUUGUCUGUGGCACAUUCACGUCAAACCGGGUAAACGCAUACUCUUGCAAUUGGAUUUUGCAGCACCUCCCGGUAAUCGUGCGCACGAUUGUUCCGAAUACGCAGUUAUUUACGAUGGUUUGGAUGAACAUGCACCCCUUUUGGCACCUGGUAAACUGUGUAAUGUUCAAAAUACUACACAAAUUCACAUGAAUUCGACCACAAACCACCUGACGGUGAAAUAUGUUCUUGCUUCCCAUCGACCUUUCAUGCCACCGAGGUGGAACCUUACAUAUCGUGAAUAUUCCACCUGCAAUGAAGAAUAUCGCCUGAUACCAGAAGCACCCAGCAUAAAUAUUACCUCGCCCAAUUACCCCUAUGUGUCGUCGCCCAAUACAGAUUGUGGUUGGACCAUACUUGCACCACCGGGUGAGAUUAUUCAAGUGCAGUUUAUCGAACACUUUCAUGUCCAGCCUAGAAUAUGUCAAAAUGUGUAUUUGGAAUUAUUUGAUGGAUCGACGGCAGUGGCACGAAGUCUGGGGCGUUUUUGUAAUAAACCAGAUAUCGUGAGGACAACUCAAAACUCUCUUUACAUCCACUAUGUUGUGGACACAAAUAAACCGAUGCGUGGUUUUAAAGCCCAGAUAUCACUUAGCAAAUGUGGUGGUGCAUAUAGCGCGGCCCAGGGACAAAUUACUUCCAACGGUUAUCCGACACGGGGUUCAUAUCCUUCCCAUUCGCAGUGCGAUUAUGCCAUCACAAUGCCCAAAGGACAAUUUAUACGGCUAAUCUUGGAUGACAUUCAUUUGCCAUUUAAGGCAGAGCAACCGAAAUCCAGUGACUAUUUGGAAAUUAUUCAAAUUUCUGAAGAUCCAGAGGAGGAUGCCGAAGAAUCCCUGUUCAUUUAUGGCAAUGCCACAAAAUCUACCCGCCUGGAAUUGAAUGUACACCAGGCCAUUAUUCGUUUCCAUACCUUUGCCAAGACUACGGAAUAUCGCGGCUUUAAAUUAAGCUACAGUCGGCUAUUUAGCAAUUGCCAUCAGCAGGUUGAGGGUAUAUCGGGUUUCAUUACUACAUACAUACCGGUGUCCUUCCGAGGAUCUUAUUGUCAGUGGAGAAUAACGGUUCCGAAAGGCCAAAGGGUGCGUUUGGAAUUUCUAAAUAUUGAGGAUUUGAAAAUGGAAAAUAUUACACAAUAUCCACAUUUCCAGAUUUACAAUGACUUCGAGAGGCAUUCGUUAAUCCAUAACUUCACUGUUGACACAUUUGAUGCGAGUAAAAUAAUUCAAUCAUCGGAUAAUUUAAUGGCAGUCCGAAUUGAUAGAAUGGGAAAAUCUUUUGUUGGGAAAAAAAUUAGAGCCCGUUAUUCCUCCGAUGAACGAUCAUUGUGUCCGAAUAAUAUCGAUGAAAACAAUGUGGCAGGUUAUAUUGAUAUACAAGAUCGCCAAUUGCAGUUUAAGGACAACUAUGUGUGUAAAUCUAAAAUUAAGUUCGAUAUCGGAAACACACUUGUCUUUAAUAUAUCCAAUUUCGAAUAUGAACAUGUACCUGGUCGCCGUUUUGAAUAUAGCCCCUUGACCUUUGUGGAUGGUAUGGUUACAACAAAUUACAGAGAGAACGUAACAAGUAUCCUGCAGCCAUUUAACCAUGCUAACGGUGAAUGGCGUGUAAGGCAAACGAGUUACCAACGUAUACACCGACUGACAAUGGAUUAUCGGCUGUACAAAUGCGGUGGCCAAGUAUAUAAUAUUGGUGGAUAUUAUCGGGACGAAAUAUCCGGAAUUAAUGCCGGAAACUAUGGACCCUUGGUGUGUGUUUGGUCUCUCUUAAUACCCACAAAUUUUGUUAGCUCCGAAUCGGAAUAUCAUUUAUUUGGCAACUUCACAUUCAGUGAUACGUGUGACCGUGAGUUCGUGACAAUUCGUGAAGGUCGCUGGUCCUCGGAUGUGAUCAAGAAGAUAUGCAAAGAUAAUUCGUAUGAUUUGCAAAAUUAUACCCUGCCAACAGGUAUGACUUUUGUGACCUAUCAAGCCGAAAACUUCAAUUCGGAGAAAUCGAAAAUUGCCAUAGAGACGAAGAAAACCCUGAAAUGCGGCAGUGAGACUAAAAUAUACCACUAUGGCAAUAUUAGAAAUGAGAUCGAUCGGAAUCUGUAUAAGGAUAAUCAGGAAUGUUCAUGGGUGUUCUAUACAACGGCGGGACGUUAUAUGCAAUUGGAAUUUAUAAAUCGUUUCUUUAUUGAGGAAUCACCUAACUGCACAAAGGAUUAUUUGGAGAUACAGUACGAGGAAGAUGGCCUGUGGAUUCCGCAUGGGCGUUAUUGUGGUCGAAAUUUGCCACCAGCUGUGAAUACCACAUCAUCACGGAUCCAAUUAGUGUUUCGAACCGAUGAUGCCAUUCGGGGCGAUGGCUUUACGUUUUUGGUACGCAGUAGGUGUUCGGCAACGCUUAAUGUUGGUACCGAGGUUAAGAGGUUAGUUAGUCCCUCGCUAACACAAUUCGGACGUAUUCUGGAUCGAUGCACCUAUGUUUUCCAAAGCAAUGAUACGGAGCGAAUGAUCAGUGUUAGGGUAAUAUUUGAUGAUAGUUCAUCUCCGGUGCAACAUUGGCUUGAUAUGCAACAAUGCCGCCAGUCCUUCACUGUAACCAAACGAAAUGCCAUCGGUGAGGACCAGACGGGCGAAAAACUCUGUCAACAAGAUCUUGAAGAGUCGGCCUCGAAAUAUCUUAAGCUUUCAUAUGAGGGUUAUGAUAUGAAGAAAUUUGUCAUUGAAUACGGUUUGGAGAGUUGUAAUGGCAAUGUGACGACGUCCCAUUUCAUGAUACGUCCCCUGAGGCAUGAACUCUCCAAGGGGGAAUAUGCCAAUAAUAUGAACUGCCAGUGGUAUAUCAGUGCACCCAAAGAUCAUUCCAUUUUGGUGAAAUUUAAAUAUUUCGAUACGGAGGAGAAUUUCGAUCAUGUCAGUAUUUACACGGGUCAUGUGGCGCAAGGCGAUAAACUGGUGAAGAAAUUAAGCGGUAAUUACAGUGACAGUCCACCGGAAAUUUUAAUUGAUCAUGCCGAGGCAGUUGUGAAUGCAAUCUCUGAUGUGUCGAAUACGGCCAAGGGCUUCGAGGCUGAGAUAAUAUUCCUUAGGAAUUGCAAUGAACGCAUUGCCCUAAGCGAGGACAAUACUGUGGUUAAUUUGGCCCGUAUCUAUAAUUUAUCGGCGGCGAAUGGUGAGGAUUAUCAUAUGUGUCUGUUUCGAGUUAGUGCUCUCAAAGGAUAUCGCAUCCAAAUGAAUAUCCGCAAAAUGCAAAUCAAUGGAAAUGCCUCACAAUGUUUAAAUUCAACGACGACAACAACUUGUGGAAAUUCGCAUUGCAAUACAUUGGAAAUCUUUGACGGUCCAAAGGACAACCGACAACUGUCAAUGGGCAAAAUUUGCACGAAACCAAAUGCUUCGUAUUACAGUUCAAACGAAGAGGCAAUAAUUAAAUUUACGGCCAAACAACGAGGCAUGUAUCGAUUGGAAAUCAUUUUAACAAUGGAAAAAACGGAAUGUGGCAGCCAAAUGGAAUAUGAAUUGGCUGGCAAUCAGAAUCUAAGUCUGGUCUUUCCACAAAACGGUGACCGCCGCUAUCAACCUAAUGUCCACUGCAAAUGGCAAUUAGAGGCCACAUAUCCUUUACUGUUCCAUUUUAAAUAUGUUGACCUGCAAAAUACUUCUCAGAUCAAUGGAAAAUGUGUGGAUUAUAUAAAACUUGAAUAUGAUAAUGUGGUUGAUGAACUCUGUGGCCAUAGCUCAGAUUAUAUUAUUAACUUAAAUAACUAUGUGGGAAUUGAUCCUCCUGUCAAACUGUCUGUAGAAAUAACAUUCCACAGUGAUGCCAGCAUUGAAGGCAAAGGUUUCGAAUUGGCGAUAUUGAAACAAGAAGCUGACAAUUUAAUCCAUACCCAAUUAAGUGAUACGAUAAGCGGAGUCUAUAGCGAAACAUUUAUUAAUGAUACCAUAAUUGUUCCAGAAAUAUAUAACAUUAAUAUAUUUGUUCCCGAUUUUUAUACCAACGAUUGUGAUCCAUUAGAUCUGCAGGUUAGUACACGAAGAUUUACAAAACUCACGUAG